AUGUUUCUUCAAGCGCAACCUUUUGUCCACGACUUGCAAUACAAUGAAAUUUGUCUCGACCAGUUAUGGGAUCGAUAUAAGUCAACAGAAAUUGAAUCGUUAAAACAGGAAAAAAGACAACUAACUAAAAAUAUUGAUGAAUUAAAAACUAAAUUAAAUGAAUCAGAUAACGAAGCCUCUCAUUUACAAGCUGCCCCACAAAUGUCCGUUGGGAAUGAAGUCCAAGGAUUUACUGACGUUGAUGACACAGAUCAAAUAGAACAUAGUGCAGAAAAGUUGG